CUGAAACUCACAAACCAAAAAAGCAUAAAGCAGUUUUUAGCGUUCUUCAGGAAACAGAAAACAUAGUCGUAAUCUUAGCAGUUAAGUCAACUGAUGAAAACUACCUCAUUACAUAACCUUCUCUUCAGCGACUGAGAAUUAGUACAUUAAGUCACCAACUUGUAACUAAAGUCUAAAUGGACCCCUUUCACAAUCACCCCGCCCAUGCUUCCUCCGGAUUCUGCUUGCCAGCGUCGGCCGCCGCCCCUGCCAUUCCUAACGCCGAGCCUCCAUCAUUGCCGCCAUCAAGCGAAAUGGAAGAAUCGGUGUUUGCCGUUGAAAAAAUCUUAAACUAUUCUUUCAAAAACAAACGCCUUCUUGAGGAAGCUUUAACGCACUCCUCGUAUACAGACUCUGCCUCUUAUCAGCGUCUUGAGUUCCUCGGCGAUGCCGCUUUAGGACUUGCCGUGAGUUGCCAUGUUUUUCUAGCUUAUCCUCAGCUCGAUCAAGGCCAGUUAACUCUUCUGCGUGCUGCUAAUAUAAGCACGGAGAAACUUGCUCGAGUUGCGAUUAGGCAUGGGCUUUAUCGCUUUGUAAGACGUAAUGCUGCUUCCCUUGACGAUAAGGUUACGGAAUUUACUGAUGCAAUAAUUCAUGAAGAUGAUCCAGUUGCUCAUGGUGGCUCAGUUAAAGCGCCUAAAAUUCUUGCUGAUAUUAUAGAGUCCAUCGCUGCUGCUAUAUACUUUGAUGUCAAUUUCGAUCUUCAAAGAUUAUGGGUGAUAUUUAGGGGUCUUUUAGAGCCCAUUGUUACCCUUGAAGACUUGCAGCAACAGCCGCAACCAGUUACAAAGUUGUUUGAGCUUUGCCAAAAGCAUCGGAAGGAAGUUGAUAUCAUAUACUGGAAAAAAGAGGCAAAACAUAUUGCUAGUGUGUUGGUUGAUGGUGAAUUUAUUGCUUCUGGUUCUUCUGAGCAAAAGGAAAUUGCAAAGCUUAACGCUGCUAAGGUAGCUUUGCAGAAAUUAUCACUUUCUCUGGCUUCUAAUGUUGGUCUGUCUGAUGACAUGGACAUUGUGGACGGAUCAUUUGAGAUUGAAGGAGCCAAACAGAAGUUGCAUGAACUCUGUGGCAAGAGAAAAUGGCCAAAACCAAGUUACAAAAUUGAGAAAGAAACGGGCCCUUCACAUGAGAAGAAAUUUUUGUGCUCAGUUCAGAUUGCAACUAUAGAUGGCCUGCUCAGCAUGGAAGGAGAAGAAAAAAUGAGAAUAAAAGAUGCAGAAAAUUCUGCAGCUUCAUUAAUGAUACGAGCUUUUCAAGAAAAUCAUAUUGCCUGACAUUCUAUUAUCCUUAAAUAACCUGCAGUAUGAGGUGUUAUAGCAGGGAUGCUUUUGGUACUUGCUUUGAGUACAGAUUGAUUGACGAGUUGCAAACGUUCUACUCAACCUAGUUGUUAGCAAGAAAUUAAUUUCAUGUAUCAUUUGUAUUUUUCUUUACUGGUUCUUCCUCCAAUAAACUAUACUGCAUAAUGUUAAAUGUUUCAAAGUUGGAAAUAGUGAUUUGUGUAAUGCAACUUUUUAAGUAAUGGGUCAGUGAUGUUUGUAUGCUAUUGUAAUCUGUGUAAUUCCAUUUUUAACUGCUGAUUGUUACAGUA